GAAGAAAACGAAGCACCAAGACACUUCCGAGGCAGCCGAGGCAGCAGGACACGAUGCGCUGCAUAGCGCUCACCGGUGAAGGUGGCGGUCGGGCUCAUUGUGUGCCAGGAACGACCUUCAUGAUUGAGUGCAACAAGUGUAUGUGUGGGCAGAGCGGCAGGCGUGCGUACUGCACCAAAAAAAACUGCCUAAAACUACUAGAUGAUGCGUGUGUACCUGGAAGAGUGACCCAAGUUGAGUGCAACACUUGUAUCUGCAGUGCUCAAGGAAGGUGGUCGUGUACCAAGAAGCUAUGCCACGGAUUCAAAUAUGAAGAAUGCGAACCCGGAACAAUACAGAAGGGACUUGGCGACAUGGCAGCUAAUCAGACGUGUAUUCCAGGCACGUCAUUCAGGAUCAGAUGUCAGCGGUGCUACUGCUCACACGAUGGUGUAUCGGCUGUGUGUCGCCGUCCACCCUGCAACGGUAUCAAAGAUAAUGCAAAGAACAAGUGA